CACUCGACCAUACCAGCUUUCAACUUUCGAUUCACCUCACCACCCACCUUUUUUCACAAAACACAAAACAUAUAUUUCUGUUGGGUUUGUAGAUCACAAUAGCAUAUAUUCUUUGCUUAAUUCGUGUAAAGCAAAGCAGAAGAACAAAAUGCUGCAGAAUAUCGUUGAGAAGCUCACAGGUCACCAGCAAAAUGGUAGUCAUGGAAAGAUCAAUGGGACUCUGGUGCUGAUGAAGAAGAAUGUUUUGGACUUCAACGAUUUCAACGCUUCUGUUCUCGAUCGCGUGCAUGAGUUGGUCGGCCAAAGGGUUUCUCUGCAGCUCAUCAGUGCCGUUCGUGCUGAUGAUUCCGAAAAUGGAUUGAAGGGGAAACUUGGAAAGCCAGCUUAUUUGGAAGACUGGAUUACCACAAUCACACCUUUAACAGCAGGAGAGUCUGCAUUCAAGGUUACAUUUGACUAUGAAGAGGAAGUAGGAGUUCCGGGAGCAUUCUUAAUCAAAAACAACCACCACAGUGAGUUCUUCCUCAAGACCGUCACACUCGAAAAUGUUCCCGGUGAGGGCCGUGUACACUUCGUUUGCAACUCUUGGGUCUACCCUACUGAAAAAUACACCAAAGACCGUGUUUUCUUCGUCAACAAGACUUAUCUUCCAAGCGAGACACCAUUGCCAUUGCGAAAAUACAGAGAAGAAGAGCUAGUACACUUGAGGGGAGAUGGAAAAGGAGAGCUCCAAGAAUGGGAAAGGGUUUAUGACUAUGCUUACUACAAUGAUUUGGGGAAACCUGAUAAGGGAGCCAAAUACGUCCGUCCUGUUCUUGGAGGGUCUAGUGAGUACCCUUACCCUCGCCGUGGAAGAACUGGCCGACCACCAACUAAGACAGAUCCUAACAGCGAGAGUAGUCUGCCGCUUAUUCAGAGCUUAGACAUCUACGUUCCUAGGGAUGAAAGAUUUGGACACUUGAAGCUGUCAGACUUCCUUAUUUAUGCCCUGAAAUCCAUAGCUCAGUUCAUUAAACCGGAGCUGGAAUCCUUGUUCGACCAAACUCCUAGCGAGUUUGACAGCUUUGAAGAUGUGCUUAAGCUCUACAAAGGAGGCAUUCCGUUGCCUGAAGGUUUAUUGAAGGAUAUUGGAGACAACAUCCCUGCGGAGAUGCUGAAGGAAAUUUUCCGAACUGAUGGUGCACAAUUGCUCAAAUUCCCAACGCCUCAAGUGAUCAAAGAGGAUAAAUCUGCUUGGAGGACCGAUGAAGAAUUUGCUAGGGAAAUGCUGGCUGGAGUGAACCCUGUCAACAUUGCUCGUCUCCAAGUAUUUCCGCCAGCAAGCAAGCUAGAUCCAAAAGUUUACGGUGAUCAAAACAGUACAAUAACCGAAGAACAUAUAAAGAACAACUUGGAUGGACUAACCGUGGAUGAGGCACUCAAGAAAAACAAGUUAUUCAUACUAGACCAUCAUGAUUCACUGAUGCCGUACCUGAGGCGGAUAAACUCAACUUCGAACAAGAUCUACGGUAGUAGAACUCUGCUGUUCUUGCAAAAUGAUGGAACUUUGAAACCAUUGGUGAUCGAGUUGAGCUUGCCUCAUCCUGACGGAGAUCAAUUUGGUUGCAUUAGUAAUGUCUACACACCAGCUGAACAAGGUGUGGAAGGUUCCAUAUGGCAACUGGCUAAAGCUUAUGUGGCUGUCAAUGACUCCGGAGUCCAUCAACUCAUCAGCCACUGGUUGAACACGCAUGCAGUGAGUGAGCCAGUUGUAAUUGCCACAAACAGGCAACUAAGCGUGGUUCACCCGAUUUACAAACUUCUGCAUCCUCACUUCCGUGACACGAUGAACAUCAAUGCAUUUGCGAGGCAAAUCCUCAUCAAUGCUGGUGGUAUUCUUGAGACAACAGUUUUCCCAGCUAGGUAUGCCAUGGAGCUGUCAUCAGUUGUGUACAAGGAUUGGAAUUUCACUGAGCAAGCUCUCCCUGCAGAUCUCAUCAAAAGAGGAGUGGCAGUUAAGGAUAAAAAUUCUCCACACGGUCUUCGCCUACUGAUCGAGGACUACCCGUAUGCUGUUGAUGGGAUUGAAAUCUGGUUUGCAAUAAGAACAUGGGUUGCAGACUACUGCUCUUUCUACUACAAGACCGACGAUAUAAUCCAGAAAGACGCCGAGCUCCAAUCCUGGUGGAAGGAGCUAGUAGAGGAAGGCCACGGUGACAAAAAAGACGAGCCCUGGUGGCCAAAAUUGCAGACUCUCGAAGAGCUAGUUGAAAUCUGCACAACUAUCAUAUGGACUGCUUCUGCCCUCCAUGCAGCUGUCAACUUCGGGCAGUACCCUUACGCAGGAUACCUCCCCAACCGCCCUACUCUAAGCCGAAAAUUCAUGCCCGUAAAGGGAACUGCUGAAUACGAAGAGCUCAAGUCCAACCCCGACAAAGUGUUCUUGAAAACAAUCACUGCUCAGCUGCAGACACUGCUUGGCAUUUCCCUCAUUGAAAUUCUGUCAAGGCAUUCUACUGACGAAGUGUACUUGGGGCAGCGAGACACGCCCGAGUGGACAGCAGACGCUGCGCCAUUGGAAGCAUUCGACAAGUUUGGAAAGAAACUGGAGGAGAUUGAGGAGAGGAUUACAAGUAUGAACAAUGACGAGAAGUUGAAAAACCGAGUUGGACCGGUGAAGGUGCCUUACACUUUGCUGUUUCCUACUAGCGGAGGGGGACUUACUGGCAAGGGAAUUCCCAACAGUGUCUCAAUUUAAAGCUUCUGUAGUAUUAAUUAUUAGUUAAUUAGUAUACGUACUAAGCAAAGGUUAAAUAUGAUUCUUUGUUUGUGUGAUAUGCUAGAAGUAUGACCUAAAAAUUGUAGGUGGAAUAAAAGCCAUGUAAAUACAUUGGCUAACUGUUCAACAUAUAUUUAUAAUGUAUUACAUAAUUUGUUCUCUCUA